AUGAAACUACCUCAUCUUGUCAUAGGAUCAUUUAUAUUCCUGCUUUGCUUUGCUCCACUCAAAUUGGCCGGGGCUACAAAAUGGUUGAUAGAAAAUCCUGGUUUCGAUGACCCUGCCGCUUGGAUCGAUGAAUAUCUGCCCUGUGCUCGUGAACAAGUUGUAUUUCCCGAAACAUAUCAAGCUCUACUGCCGCUGCCCUCAAAAGUUGAUGUGGGUGGUUUUAUACUACCCAGGAAUGGAGCCAUUUUUUUACCGCAGGAAUCCACCAUUACUCUCGAGGUAAACAACAAGGCUAGAGACUGUGACAAAGGCAAGGCCUAUUUGAAACAGCCCACUGUACACAAAUGGUUUGAUCCCAAAACCUGGAGAUCAUCCAAAGAGGUGCAAGACAAUAAAGCCAUACCCAAAAUGGAAAGGGUUCCCUGCAACAAUGAGCCUGUGGUAAUACAAGGCCGCGGUCCUGUGGCACUUGAUUUGGAGAAUGUUCCCUAUCUGAGAAUGGGACAAAUAAGUUUCUCCGGCUCAUUGCUGGCCAAAGAUUAUUUAAAGCAAUUGCUCUACAAUGAUUUGGGUCAGUUUCUGUUUAGAAAUCAAGAUGGCGUUACUGUGGAAUACUAUCAUCACGAUGUUUGUGGCUGCCAUAGGGAUUUCAAUAACUUUGCCGAACCCAUAUGUCAUAAUAUUGCAGAGACUUGUGAAAGGCCCCAUUGUCUGAAGUCCAUUAUUCCCUAUGGCAGUUGCUGUGCCAUUUGUGGGGCGGUGAUCAAAUUUCAAGUGGAAUAUUGUGAAAAUAAAAAUCUCCAUGUUCUUACGAAUAUACUGGAGAAGGCCAUCAAAGAGCAGGAUAUGCAAGAUGAUUUAGACUACUAUGUGAACUAUGUGAAUUCCCAAAACUAUGGCAAUUACUUGCAAGCCAUCAUAGCAGAUCGUGAUGGAUAUUCGGAGAAGAGCAUAAAGUUUCUAAAGAAACUCAAUGAAACCAUUGAUUGGAGAACCAAACUGCGCCUGGAUCGAGGACGCAUAUUUGCCAUUGAAUUAUCUGGACGUUACUAUAAUCCCAAUGUGUCUCUUGGUUCCGUUCUACUCAUUUUUCUGUGUCUGAUUUUAGUCUCUGUGGUGGCUUUGGUCAUCUUUGCCCAUUAUAAUCCCGAUAAUCGUUAUCUACAUUAUGUACCCCGCUGGGUGUAUGACCCUAGGCUUUGGCGUUCUAUGUUGCAGCAAAGAAAUCCAGUAUUUGCACGUUUCGAUAAUACACGGGCCAGUGUAAUUACCACCGCCGAUGUGGGUCGAACAUCUGAAUUCACCAUGGGUUACAAUGCUGCAGAGGGCAGAGGAGGAGAGGAACGUAAACGGGCCUUUGAUAAUCCUUUGUUUGGUGAAAAGCCCACCACCUCUAAAGAUGCUCAAACUGAAAAGGAGCAAGAGAAAUUGGAAGUGCUAAAAGAUGUACCACAACUAGUUAUGGAAAGUGUGGACAUGGUUAAUAGUGCAGACAAUGGAGAAGAUGAACAAGAAUUAACGGAAAUUCGUUUGGAGUCAUCCUCGGAUGAGGAUGACGAUGAGCAGCAGGAAACUAAGGAAUAAGUAGGCUGUAAAUAAACACAUAUAUAAAUUGUAUUGAAAUGUUUUCGAAAUAAAAGCAAAA